AUGGCCGCAAGUAUCCAAAAGGUCCUCAACAAGCUCUCGCUCGGUGAGAACGUCGAGGCUCCCAAUGAGGCCGAUGUGAAGGCUCUACGCCUCAGCUUCGAGACGGUGGGCCAGGGCCACGUCCUAUCCUUCUGGAACGACCUGUCGGAUUCGGAGAAGACGUCGUUCUUCGCGCAGCUCUCCAAGUUUGAGCCCGAGAGAAUCGCCAAACUCUCAACAGAGGCAUUGAACCCUCCGCCGCCCGCAGAGACCCCCGUCUACGAGCCCCUGCCAGAGUCUGCUACCGCGUCGAUCCUGGACAGCCCCGACUCCAGCAUCAAGGCGUGGUACGAUCUCGGAUUGGAAUUGAUCGCGAAGAAUGAGGUUGCUGUCGUUCUCAUGGCUGGUGGUCAGGGAACUCGGCUUGGUUCUUCGGCACCGAAGGGCUGCUUCGAUGUUGGGCUUCCUUCGAAGAAGAGUUUGUUCCAGCUGCAGGCGGAGAGGAUCAAUAAGGUGCAGAGUCUGGCGGCGAAGAAGGUCGCGAAGUCGAAUGUUGUCGUUCCUUGGUACAUCAUGACUUCGGGACCCACGAGGGGACCUACUCAGGCGUUCUUCGAGGAGAACAACUAUUUUGGAUUGAAGAAGGAGAAUGUCGUGUUCUUCGAGCAGGGUGUGUUACCAUGCAUCUCGAACGACGGAAAGAUUCUGCUAGAGUCGAAGUCCAAGGUUGCUGUGGCACCCGACGGAAACGGUGGUAUCUACCGUGCUUUGACGGAGCAGGUCAUCCCCGACAUGAAGAAGCGUGGCAUUAAGCACGUUCACGCGUACUGUGUCGACAACUCUUUGGUCAAGGUUGCCGACCCAGUGUUUAUCGGUUUCUCGGCGUCGAAGGAUGUCGAUCUCGCCACAAAGGUCGUUCGCAAGCGCAACGCCACGGAGUCCGUCGGUCUCAUCCUCCUCAAGAAUGGCAAGCCUGAUGUCGUCGAGUACUCCGAGAUAGACUCCGACACCGCCGAGGCCAAGGACGAAAAAAAUAAGGAUAUCCUCAAGUUCAGGGCGGCGAACAUCGUGAACCAUUACUACACCGUCCGCUUCCUCGAGACCAUCCCCGACUGGGUUGAUUCCCUCCCACACCACGUCGCCAAAAAGAAGAUCCCCUUCUGCGACACCGAGACCGGGGAACGGCACAAGCCGGAGAAGCCUAACGGCAUCAAGCUCGAGCAGUUCGUGUUCGACAUCUUCCCCCGGAUCCCACUCGAGAAGUUCGCCUGCAUGGAGGUUAAGCGCGAGGACGAGUUCUCUCCCCUCAAGAACGCGAGGGGAACCGGCGAGGACGACCCCGACACCAGCAAGCGCGAUGUGAUGGACCAGGGCAAGCGGUGGGCUGUGGCAGCCGGCGCAACCUUUGUCUCGGAGGAUCCGGCGGCCGGCGUCGAGGUGUCACCGCUUCUCAGCUAUGGUGGUGAGGGUUUGGAGUUCCUGGUGGGCAGGGAGAUUGUGGGUCCAGCAGCCAUUGAGAAGACCGAGUAG